CUACUGGACGAGUUUAACUGCUGGGUUUCUAUAAAAAUCUUCAUUACACACUGGCAGAACAAUCAACAUUUGCAAGAGUACAGAACUUGCUUAUUAUAACAUUUCUGAAACUGUUAAAAAAUGUUUGAUACAUUAAUUUUCUUCUGGUUGUUCUCCUGGAGUCUGACUGGUGUGUUUGUUGCUGAUGCAGUGAAGUCAGAGUCAGUGACUGAGGGAGAAUCAGUCUCUCUGAACUCUAGUUUCACUCAAAUACAGACACAUGAAGACAUCGAGUGGAAGUUUGGUGACUUUCUCAUAGCUAAAGUAAAGAACAAAGAGAGGAAGUUUUAUGAUACUGCUGCUGGGAGAUUCAGAGACAGACUGAAACUGGAUCAGACUGGAUCUCUGACCAUCAUCAACAGCAGAACCACAGACUCUGGACUUUAUACAGUCUCCAGCAGCAGCAGAGACACGAUCAACACGAUCAAUCUCACUGUCUAUGCUCGUCUGCCUGUUCCUGUCAUCACCAGAGACUGUUCUUCAUCAUCAUCAUCAUCAUGUUCAUUGGUGUGUUCAGCUGUUAAUGUGAGUCAUGUGACUCUCUCCUGGUUCAAAGGAAACAGUUCAUUCUCCAGCAUCAGUGUGUCUGAUCUGAGCAUCAGUCUCUCUCUACCUCUGGAGGUAGAAUAUCAGAAUAGAAACACCUACAGCUGUGUGAUCAACAAUCCCAUCAGCAACCAGACCAGACAUCUCAACAUCACUGAACUCUGUCACACAUGUGCAGACCGUAUCCACUGUUGUGGCUUUACUGAAGCUGUGAUCCGAUUGGCUCUCUCUGCUCUGGUGGGCGUGGCUACUGUGGUUGUUCUGGUUUAUGACAUCAGAUCCAGAAGUCUUCAACAGAAGAAGAGCGUCCAGAAAUAACCAUCAAACUCUGAUUAAUCUGAUACUGAGGAAGAUGGAGAUAUUAUAUUAUAUUACAAGAAAUCCUUUCAGUAAAUAGCAUUCAUGAAUAUAUAUUAGGGAUGUAACGAUACUAUCAAUCAAUAUUGUGGUAUCGUGAUAGCAAAAUUGUCUCCAUAUUAUCGUGGUCACAUGACUGUAUGAAACGAUACGUCUUCCGGGCAAAAAGUGUCUUUUUUUUCAGCCCGGUUCUAAAAACGGUUCUGGUGUGAUGGGUGGCUGAAGUGCGAGGAGCGUACAUCCUUUAAUAGAGACGUCUCACAUCAUGAAUAACCUAUUAUGACAAUGAAUGCACUGAAAAGAUCUCGCACUACACAUAUACAUCAGAUAUCAAUGCAGAGACAGACAAAGAGCGAGAGAGCACACGCACGUGAAAAAGAGGUGCACAAAGGCAAGCUGCACAAUUAUUAAUCUUUAAAAGAUCGCAUUCUCGAUUUCAUCACCCACAUGAUCUAAUUCCUAAAUGACAACAAUUCACCAAUGUAUAUUAAACCUUUGACAAAUCUGCGUUCGCGCUGCUGCUAAUCGAGAGAGCAGAGGCCUGUUGCAUGAAGCUAGUUAAGCAAACUCUGAGUUUCAGAGUAGGUUUAGAGUUGACAAAUACAGAUAAAUCCAACCUGGUUUAGAUUAGGGGCCGUAUUCACAAAACAUUUUAUCUUACCACUAAGAGUUCUCCUAAAUGGCAGUAAAAGUUCUUAGCUAAGAAUUUUCUCUUAAAAUCUAUUCACAAAGCUGCUGAGACCAACUUUACUAAGGAAUAGAAUAAAGUCUUAAGCUAAGAGUAAGGGCGGGGUUGACCUUGUUGCUAUGGAAUAAACACACAGUGAUUGGCUGAUGGGGGAGGAGUCAGCGAUUUAAUCAUAGAAAUAUUGUAGAAUGAGGUGUCAUGUUUCCAUAUUAAAUAAAGAUUUUAAAAUAAAAAAGUUGCCAUUCAAAAAUAAAGAUUUUAAAAUGUAGGCUAGUGUCACUAAUUAAACUAGUAUAUGUUCAGCUAAUUGUCAGCCUCUUACAUCUUGAGAAAUUGCAGAAUUCAAGUGACAAAUGAUGUUUUAUAAAUAAAGUUUUGGAGGAGCACGUUCAAACGGUCUGUCUAAUCAGCUUGAGUGGAGGUAUAUAUACACAGACAAGAGCCGACUCACAUAGUUACCUCGACAGUUUUCUGCAACCCGUUCCUCACUCUUGGCUGGCUGGGGAUAUGAGGAGAACUCUGGUUUUGGGCAAAAUUCCAAGCUCGGAGCCCUCGAUCCCCUUGGAAAGCACACCAAAUACGCUUAUUAUAUAUAUAUGUUUUACAUUGUUAUUUAUUUAUUAAAGAUUUAUUUUUGGUGUUUUAUCGUAGAUUCAAAUCUAUAAAUCAAAAUAUGUAUUGCAUUUAUGAAGAAAAGGUUCACCCAAGGCUCUAUCGCUAUUGCCUCAAUGGUGUUCAGUGUCUUUAGGUGGAUUGCUAAGGUGGAUUGGCACCAACAAUCAUUUUAGGAUUUUUUGUGAUUUGGUCUUAGUGACUCAGGAGUCCUCUUGACUUCUCCUAGUGUUUCACAGAUUUAGCAGAUAGUUUUAGCGCUAAAAUGCUUUGUGAAAUACUCUUAGAGCAAAAAUUUAGGACUCCCAAAAUUAGGACUGACACGCCCAUUAUUUUUUAAGAGUUUCUCCUAAAAGUUAGGAGCUGCUUUUAACCUUAAGAUGUUUUGUGAAUAUGGCCCCUGGAUUAGAUGUUGCACAAUGCUCAGUAUAAACCUUCUCUGUCAACUCAGGUUUAAUCCAGAGUUUGCAAAGCGCAUGCACCUGAAAGUCUGACAUGUGCGGCAAACAGCCAAUCACACGGAACAAGGAGAACGUCAGUUUGAUUCACUUCUCGCGAGAGAGCCGCGCAAUUCAUGUCAAAUUUCACGUUAUGAAAAAAUAUGAAAUGAAACGCAUUUAGAAAGCAGGAAUAAACACUGAUGCUGUGAAAAUUUGAGAAGGGCACUGAAAGAAAAUAUCUGACUAUAUCAAUGCAUGUGAAUCAAACAAAUAGACCAAAUAAUUAAUAUAGUUUCACAAAGAGCUCAAAAGAAUACAUGUAAGCUUAAUCUGUUUAAAAGCUUAUAUUAUGCAUGUAUUAUAUUUAUUUUAAUUUAAAAGCAAAGUUUAAUAUUGUCAAUUAAUAUAAUAGGCCUAAUUAUAUGAAUAUGUCAUGAAUUAUUCAUAAUUUUAAUUUAUUUAAUAUAAAUAUAAUGAAUAAUUAACAGCAAAUGUUGAGAAAUUUUGUCUCUAAAAUGUUUCCACUAUAAACUGAUUUAAUUUGGAGCGAGAGAUACAGGGGGAGUGGCUUUAUUGCAUCAGAUACGUGUCACUUACUCACAGCUGAUUGGUCAAGUUUGGGUUUGUGAUCUCUAACUCAGAAUAAAACCUGCUCCGGAGCAGGUUAGCUGUGUAGCGUCAGUUACCAUAGCAAUGAAACCCGCUAAAAACCAAUCCACCUUCAUGAGCCUGAAAAACCAGAGUUUGCUCAAACUAAUCUUGAACUUACCUGGGUAGAAACUGAAACCGGCUUUGUGCAACAGGCCACAGUUGUCAUGUUUAGAUAUAAACAAUCUUGUCAAACACACAGUAGACUAUCAUUAUUUCUAUUACAAAGGUUCCAGUUAUCACAGAAGCAUACAAAAGUUUAUUAUUCAGUUAAACGCUGAUGUCUACUUUACCGAGCAAAAUAGGAUAAAUCACUUCUUGAAAGUGCUUAUAAUAACAACUGUAUCAAUUACUUUAUAUUGAGGUAUUAUUGUAUCAUGAUAUUGAUACAUGAUUUUGAUAUUGUUACAUCCCUAAUAUGUAUGUAUGUGUGUAUGCAUGUAUGUGUGUGUAUAAAUAUAUAUAUAUAUAUAUAUACACACACUGAUGAAUCAUUACAUUAUGACCACCUAUCUAAUAAUACGUUGGACCUCCUUUAGCCCGCAAAACAGCGGCCACGCGGCGAGGCAUUGAUUCGAUGAGGUGACGAUAGGUCUCCUGGGGUGUCUGGUUCCAUAAUGUCAACAGCAGGUCCUCCAGUUCCCGUACAUUAUGACAGGGGUGCCCAAUCCUAUUCCUGGAGAUCUACCUACCUGCAAAGUUUAGCUCUAGUCUUGAUAAAACACACCUGAAUCAGCUAAUUAAGAUCUUCAGGAGCACUUGAUAAUUACAGACAGGUGUGUUGAGCAGGGCUGGAGCUGAACUCUGCAGGAAGGUAGAUCUCCAGGAACAGGGUUGGACAUCCCUGCAUUUGGGGUGGUGGUGAUGUAGCGUGAACCUUCUUUUUAAGUCGAACCAGAAAUGUUGUCAGGUCAAAGCAUUAACAGAAAUUCACCAUCAUGUUCCUCGAACCACUCCUUGAUGAUUUUGGCAGUGUGGCAUGGCGCAUUAUCCUGUUGGUAAUGGCCAUCACCGGCAAUUGGCCUUCGACGUGAUGCACCAGGAAUCUUGAUUCAUCAGACCAGGCCACUUUCUUCCAAUCAUCCACAGUCCAAUCUCGAUGAUCUUAGGCCCAUUUCAUGCGUUGCUGGCGAUGGUAUGUGUGGUUAGCAUGGGGACCCGGGUGGGUCAUGGGCUACACAGGCCCAUACGCAGAAGGCCGUGACAAUCUGUGUGCUGUGACACAUUGCCCUGGUCCCCACUGUUGUAGCUGCUGGUGAUUUGUCUCACUGUGGCCCUGUAGUCACUGUGAACAAUGUGUGACAGUCUCCACUCCCCUGUGGCAUCAGUGAGCUGUGGACGGCACACGGCUGGAUGACGGUUCAUCGUUUGACCAUCCGUGCACCACUUUUGAUAUGUACUCACAUGAACAACCACAUGCCAUUUCCAAGAUCAAAGUUCUUGAAGCAGCUUUUUCCAUUCUGAAACCAAAAGCUCCACUGACCAAAAGCCGGUCCUCAGGUGGCAUAUACUGCUCUGUGAACUACACCUGCGGCACCGUUUGGUUGCCAGGCGCACUCAUUGCUCCAGGCUGGGGGUGGUCAUAAUGUAAUGGCUAAUCAGUAUAUAAAUAUAAUAUAUAUACGUGUAUAUAUAUGGAGAUCAGUAGAUGAUUUAUGUAAUAUGCUAAUAUGCUAAUUUACCAAAUCUAAAUGCUCCUUUUAAAAAAAAAAAAAAAACUUUAAAAAUACCUUUAAAAAUGCCCCGGAGCUGUAUCCUUUAAAAAUAGAAUAUACACAUUUUAGAACACGAUGACGUACAACAUCAUCCUGAAAACAUCCAAAAAGUAUCAGUCACUGGUAAUACAUGUAAUAUAAAUAGAAGAAUUUCAUCUGAAUACACAAUUGUUUUAAAUGGUCUUCAGAAAAGAAGGAUGUCUUGUGUUUCCAGACCUGUAGUUACAACAUCUACCAGCAAUAGGAUCUACUGAAAAUACAAAGAGGCCUACUGUGAAAAUUCUCUAAAUUUAAAAAAAAGCAAAAUAUUAAUUUAAUUUUAAAUUUUAAUUCUAAAAGCAAAAUAUUAAGAGGAAACCAUUCCAUGAAUACACAUAACCUUCACUAUGAUAAAUAUUAAAAACAUUUAAUCACAGUUUUACCUGCUGAGACAGAAAAUAAUGUUUGUUGAUAUCAAGACUAGGAUCUGGGGCCUGUACCAUGAAGUUUAGCUGGUUAGUCAGUUUCAGUUUAGUUUGUGCCAAUUCUGGGUUUUAGGUACCAUGAAAGUUCAACUCCAUAGUAACAUAGUAAACCAGGUUUUGUUCUGGGUUAAAGAUCUCAAACCGAAAUUGGACCAAUCAGAUGUGAGCAAAGUGACACAUGUCUGAUGCAAUGAAAUCACUCCCCCCAGUUUCUCUUGCUCGAAAUUAAAGGUCACUACAUAGUAAAAAAAUAUAAUAAUAAUAAUUUGUUUAAUAAAAUUGUCUGGCUAAGCUUUAAUGAUAAUCACUUAUAAUUAUUUUAAAUGAUUUAUAUUUGAUUUCUAUAAUAUACCCAUAAUCCAUUACACACAAGCAAUUUUAGUUUAACAAUUAUUAUUAAGCAUUUACUUAAAAUGAAUAUUAAUAUAUACAGAUAAUGUGUAAUAUAAAUAAGCUGUAGAAACAAUGGAAAACGCUUUGAAAAUUACUACAUGUGACCUUACAUGUUUGAAUGUCUGUAUAUUAUCUACUAUAAUAACUAACAUAAGCAAUUUUACUUGCACUGUUAGAGCAAGGUAUUUUCUUUUAUUUGUCCUCUUUCAUAUUUUCUUCAGUGUGACUGUGUAUAAAUUCAUCAUAUAUUUCAAUCUCUUGAUCUUUGGCAAAAGACUUUCUUGAAGGCGUGUGAUUGGCUGUUCACCACUGAUGUCACACAUUCAUGUGCACGCGCUCCAUGAACUCAGGAUCAAAGCCUGAGAUGACUGAAAGUUGAUGAUCAGAAUCAUGGUACCAACAAAGCUGGAUUGGAGUGGUUUGGUUUUGUAAACAAGAAAAUAAUCCUGUAACCCUGAGUUUGUUCAGCUACCAUCAUGGUUACAGGCUCUUGGCUGUGAUCACAUAAAUUAAUGUGUUGUUUUCUAUGUUCAGUCACUAGUAGGCGCUACAUCAGGGUCUGUAUGAGAGACUCACUGUCUGAGAGAAUCAUAUUGAUUCAUCACAUUUUUGGCAGAACAACACAAGCACAGAUGAUGGUUUAGACCCUGUUGCACUCAUUAUAUUUCAUAGUUCUAUAAUCUUCAGAAAUGUUUGAAAAAGAACCAAAUUUAAAUGUAAUUGUUCAGUAUUAAAAACUAAAUUUUC